GUUCAUGUACGAAUCGACCAGAGUCCCUGACGAGUCACGACAUCAUUCCCCCACAAAGGAUUUACCUGAAUUUACCCGAGAGCUCUUUCUAGUGGCCGCGGCGGGGACAGAAAGCCAUCGGUUUGUCAACGGUGCUCCCUCUCCAGCCCUGAUUCUAAGACUGAACUUAAAUGCUGUUCUAUUCGGCCAAAAUUAAUAGUCCGGAUAUCUGACUUUUAUAUAUAUAUAUGAGAAGUUGCUGGAAAUUGUGUUUUAUAUACUUUUUUUCCUCGAAAUGUAAUUUCGUUCAAGAGUCUGAGGUCACGGGAACACUGUUUGCUAACGGGUUUAGUGGCGUCAGACUUUUGAAGACUUUUGUGGAGUUUUCUGACUUAUCUUCGUCGUCCAUAAGAGCAGCACCUGGCCAGGUGCCACAAGUCUGACCUUCCAAGUCUGACCUGUGGUGGCCAGGUUUGAGGUCCAAGUCUGACUUGCUUCCAAGUCUGGCGUCCAAGCCUGACCUGCACCAAAAAUGUGACUAGAAAGCCUGAUCUGUUGCCAAGUCUGAUAACCAAGCCUGACCUGCAGACCAAAGCAGAGUCUGUACAGUCAGCAGAAGACUCUGGUCCAGUGACACCAACUUUGUCAUCUUCAGUUCACCAUCAUGCCAGAAGUACAGUAUGAAGCACCAACACCCAAGGCCAUCAAUCUAAUCUUGGCAAGAGAAAUAUAAAUAGAUCAAACGUGAGGCGAGUUGAAUAAGUUCGUAUUGGAGAGAAACAAUAUUAGUACCGUAUACAGCAUAGUGAUUCAGACUGCAUGAAUAUCAUUUUGUGAUGUCGGCUACAGAUCUACAAUAGUAAUUCACAUAGCAAGUCAAACAAGAUAAAAUUAUCAGUAACUUUUUCAGACUACAUAUUCUAAAAUAUAUUUUCUAUAAAAAUAUGAGAGUUCAAAUGAAAGGUAAAUCAUAUCAGUGUUCUGAAUGUCCUAAGAAUUUUUCCAGAAAAAAUGGGUUAGUAACACACAUGAGAGUUCAUAAAGGAGAUAAACCAUAUCAAUGUCUGGAAUGCAAUAAACACUUUAAAACAGAAGUUGAAAAAAAUGAUCACAUGGAAAUUCAUUCAGAAGAAAAGCUGUUUCAGUGUUCAGUGUGUCCAAAGCAAUUUUCAAGAAAACACGGGCUAGUGGCACACAUGAGAGUUCAUGCAAAAGUGAAAACUUAUAAAUGUUCAGUGUGUCAUAAACAGUUCAAGUCGAGAUCUGAAAAAAUAAGCCACGUGAGAGCCCAUAUGAAAGAAAGGCCAUACCAAUGUACAGUGUGCCCAAAAGGUUUUACAGAAAAGUCUAAACUAUAUUCACAUAUGAGAAUUCAUUCGGGAGAGAAGCGACAUCAGUGCUCACAGUGUCUCAAAGAGUUUUCGCCAAAUUAUAAUAUGGUCAUACAUAUGCGAAUUCAUACAGGAGAAAAACCAUUUAAGUGCUCUGUGUGUCAAAAAGGAUUUUCAGAAAAAUCUAAAUUAGUAACACACAUGAAAGUUCAUACAAGAGAGAAACCGUAUCAAUGUACAGAGUGUCAAAAGUACUUUUCAAAUAAAAGUGGUUUAGUAAUUCAUAUGAGAAUUCAUACUGGGGAGAAACCAUUUUUAUGUACAGAAUGUCUUAAAUCUUUUAAAACAAAAUAUGAACAAAUAAGCCAUAUGAAAGUUCAUACAGGACAGAAACAAUACCAGUGUUCAGAGUGUCAAAAGUACAUAUCAAGAAAAUCUGAUUUAAUUAAACAUAUGAGACUUCACACUGGAGAAAAACCAUUCACGUGCUCAUAUUGUCUGAAACAGUUUUCAGAUAAAUCGGAUCUAGCAAGACAUAUGAGAGUUCAUACAGGAGAAAAGCCGUAUCAUUGUUCAGUGUGUCUGAAAGACUUUGCAGAAAAAUCUAGUUUGGUAAGACAUAAGAGAGUACAUACAGGAGAGAAGCCAUAUCAGUGUCCAGUGUGUCUAAAGGACUUUGCUGAAAAAGCUAAACAGAUUAUACAUGAGAAAACUCAUGCAAAAGAACUAUAUCAGGAUUCAGAAUGUUUAAAAGACUACAGAAAAACCUGAACAAGCAAUACAUACCGAGAGAUCAUGCUGGAGAGAAACAAUAUUGGAGCUCUGGAGUGAGUUUAAAAUUCUAACAAGAUAUGUGUGUUCAUAUAGAUCAAUUAUAUUAGUGAUUAAAGUUAAGAGUUUUGUUAAAAAUAUUCUUUGGUAAAGCUUAUGACAACCUGACACAGUACAGUAUUUUAUAUUUACUUGAAAGUUCAUGGUUAAAGCUUAUUUAUGCAAUAAAUAUUCAAUAUAAUAAUAGAUUCAGAGUAUGUAGAGCUCGUGUUGCCUACUAAGAAAUUAUCAGAAGAAAGCACCAAAUCAAUAUGGCUAUGUAAUUAAUUUCCAUUGUUGAUAACAGGAAAAAUGUACGUAGGCUUGUUGAGGUACCCACUAGGUUGACCACUGACCCCCCUCAGGGUGCAACUCUCAACAAUUGCCUAACUCUCGGGAAUCUAUUUUACUGUUAAGUGAAUAGAGGUAUCAGGUGAAAGGAAACACUCAACCAUUUCUGUUCUGCUUGGGGAUUGAACUCGGUGCCUUGGUUGCGAGCUGAGGAUGCAGAUCACUGUACUAUAGGACCUUUAUAACACCAUUACAAAAUAAUCAAGAGCCCUAUGUAUCAUUCAGGAUGUCAAUAUUAGAACAGAAAGACAUAAUUGAUGUCAAAAGUGUCAUAUUCUCCAAGGAUGCUAUUGAAAGACAUGUGACUUGUAGGAACAGUUGGAAAGCAGUACAUGUACAUGUAAUAGCCUUGAAAAUCAGGACAGUCAACUAGAGGAUAAAUAACAGAAAGUUGAAAAUGCAAUUCUUGUUCCAUUAUAUGCCCAUGGGUUAAUAAUUUGUGGUGAAGUACAACUUAUGAUGUUGCAAGCUACAUUUGCUUGUUUCACUAGAUAAGAGGAAGACUGCAGAAUAGGUCACAUUUGAAAUACAGUGUCAUAGUUAAAUAAAUAAAUGUUUAUUCAGGUAAAAGUACAUGCAGUACAUACAAGAUGAGUUACAAACAGAAUGUUGGAUUUCUAGAUAGAACUAGUGCAUACUAUGCCUAAAGCCACUAAUACGCACAGCGUUUCGGGCAAAUGUAGCUAUACAUAGUAGUUAGCUAUGUAUCUCCAAUAAUUGUGGUUCACAUUAUGAAUGACAGAGAAGACGCCAGAGUAAGGAAUUGACUCCUGGGUGAUGGGACACGUCAAGAUGGUACUGCUAAAUUGCAGACAACCUCAAUACGACUUGGUACCCAGCAAAACUUAAUUUUUUAUAAUUAAUAUCAAGUUAAUAUGUUAUUCCAGUGAUGAGUAAUGAAUAUGACUCAUUUUAAAACAAAAGUAAUAUAAAAUCUUUUAAGCGAAAUUAAUAAGGCAUAGAAGAUGUAAUAUGCACUGUUUUGACUAUUCAGUAAUGAGAGAACGAUUAAGGUGUGGGCUUGACUGCUACUAAUUAUGGAAUAUUGUGAUGAAUUAAAAUGGCAGUAAGGAGGCAUGCAGAAUUGAAACACCAAAUUGGGCCUCACAAAUUGGAUCAUCCAUUGGAUAGAACUAUGCUUUAUUUUUAAUAGAUCACUUAGACAUAAUUUUAGUUUAGAAGCAGCUGAGAUUUUCACAGUACAGUAAUAUACUCUGCAAAAUCUGAUCAUGGUUGUCAAAAAGUAAUAUUACUUCAGAGUAAUAAAUGCUUACAAAUACAUGUACUCCAGUGAACAGGACAGUUUUUAAUAUUCAGUCUUUGGAUAUGUGUUAAAAACACAUAAAGAAGGGGCCUUUACAGAAAUAGUACUCGUGAAGCAGUGUUCUUUCAAAGGUUUUUAUGACAUUUGUAACUACAGUAUAUUGGAAGAGUUUUGUCCUGAAUACUGUACCUGUAUUUUGUUUGUAUUUCCCAGUUAAAUUUGUUGCCUUCUUGUAAAAUACUAUAAUAAUUUAUUUAAAAAAUAUACAGUAGAACAUAAUUAUGUAUUAUAUUUCUAUGACUUAUAUUAAAUAGCCAUGUGUGUAAUCUUCCAUGUAAGGAAUUAUUUAUAAGGCAAUAUUUUAUAAGCAUUGAGAAUUGCAGUGUUAUCAAAUAUUACAUGGCAUCAAAUGCCACUGCAUUUGUUGUGCAAUUAUGAUAUUAUGGUUGUCAUGUGGUUUCUACACUGUUGCUUUCAGUAUGUAAGAGCAUGGUAAUCCAAAUUCCAGUAAUCUGAAUGAAUUCGUGCUCAUCAUUUGCAGGCAAGCAGCAGAAGCAAGCAGGUAGCUUCUAAAAAAUGCAAGGGGGGUACACUGUGGAGGUAACAGGGUUGUGGUGCAACAAAUUGGGAAUUUGCUGACUUUUGUACAUCCCUGGUAAGAAAUAUGGCUAAUUCGAGUAGGGUGAGCCCCAAAUGAUUCGAAUUAUUGAGCACAGACAGUACAGUAUAUCCUAAUGUUAUUCAUAACCUGACCUAGCAAAACAGAGCAGUUGCAUCCCAGAAUACUGGGAUGCAACUGCUCUGGGUUAGAGUACUAAUGAUAAUUAUUAUAAUCAUUAUAUAUAAUUAUCAUUAUAAUAAUUAUUAUUGGCAUUCAGCUGAAUCAGUAUUAUUAUUAUAAUACUAAUAGGAUAAAAAUCCACACUUGUGUAUUUGUGAAAUUUAUGUAAAGAAUUACAAAAAGUCUUUUGCAUUCUUCUGAGUGUUUUGUCAAGGUCUGAGUGUGUGGUUAGGAUUGAGAGGUACAUCCCAAUUACUAAAUCAUUGAUUUAAUCUAAUAAUAAUAAUAAUGCUAAUUUUACUGUAAUAACCCACAUUAAUAAUAAUUACUGUAUUAUUACUAACAUUCAGCUAAUACAUCAUGUGUUUAAAAACAGUAGUAUGUAAGAGCAUUUGUUGCAUAUUUUAUAUAUUACUCAUCCAUGUUAAAGAUAAACACAAUAUAUCUAUGUUAAAAUACAGAAGUCAUACAAUGAUACUGAACCUGCAGAUACCUUUAAGCCCGUUAUGAUCCAUUUGAUAGUGCAUGUGCAUUAGGAGCUCAGUGAUAUGGGUUGAAUUUCAUUGUAUGGCUUCAAUAUUUUCUCACAGUAAGAUUACCAUUAUGUUUCAAUAGUACUGUGCUGUAUUUGCUGAUGUAGAAGAUGUAUCAUAAUUUUAGAACAAACUAUUUUUGUUAUAAUAGAGUAUUUUAACAUUUACUGUAUUCUUUAUAAUAAUGGCAACAAAUGUUAUAUAGUACUGUACUGUAUAUAAUGUAGUGUAAAUAUAUAUAUUCUGUAUAUUCAUAUCAGCAGCCAGUGCACAACUACUCAACCUGACUUAAAAGUAGGAAGAAAUAUGAGCAAGGGAGAGUGUGGGUCAAUUUGCUUAAGAACAGAUAUAGUUGACAUGUUAAUAUCAGAUGUUGUUAAGCCUCCAGGCAUUUGUUUUAAAAUAUUUAUAAAAACUCCUUAUAUAUAAGGAGUUAAAACUCCUUAUAUAUACACUUUCCCAUACUUUUACUGUGUCACAAUUUGAUAAGGGUCCAGAACAGACUGAAAUGCCAUCACUUUCAUUUCAUGUAAGUAUUCACAUGGGUUGGGUUAUGUGUUUCAGCCAUGUUAUUGUGAUUAUCUUCUCUGCAGAAAAACAGGCUGGGUGGUUGAUCGGUUGAUGGAUGCUAGCUUAGAGGAUACUGUACACAUCUAGAACUGGUUUACAUGGCUUCUUGGGGUAAUAAAUGAAAAUGUUGACAGCUUGUAUUGAUCAAUCCACUGAAUCAACAUGAAUUGCAUUCACUGAUUAAGGCUGGCUGUACGUGUCUUAUGUAUUGCCAACCUGACCUGGCUGGCCAACUGACUGUAGUGACACCCAGAAAAACUGAACCAUACUGACUGACUACUGUACGUAAUGAUAUCAUUCUUUGCAUUUACAGGUAUUUACAGUAUUUACAGUGAUAUUCUGGUAUUACUUUUUCAUUUAUUAAUACAAAAUCAAUGUAUACAAAUGUCAUUAUAUGCACCUUUAGCUCUACUCUAAUGCCUUGCAAGCUCCUACAUUAAAUGAAAUGGUUGGGCCUCCUACUUUGGCUAAAUAUUUGAAUUUAAUUAUACUGACGAGAAUGUGGUUGUUGAUUAUCUCCAGCUGUAUAUUUGUUUACUGUGGUUCAUUAGCUCAAACAUUGCCUUUGUGUUCAUGAUAGUUUGGCACACAUGUUGUUGAUGUAUUUUCAAUAGAAGGCCACCAAUUUACUUCACUGCUCCACAUUGUUGAGGUUCUGGUAAAAGUCACCAAUAAUAUCUUGCGUAAUGCAAGCUUUUGUACAACUACAAAACCAAUUCUACAGGGUUGGGGUUUUUGGAUAUAAAUAGGAGCUGCCUCAUAUGGGCCAAUAGGCCUUCUGGAGUUACCUUCAUUCUUAUGUUCUUAACCUUGUUGCUGGAGGCAGGGACCUCCAAGACUGGUAUGAUACCAACAUUAUAAUAGAGUACCAGGGGCACUCCAUCGUCCAGGUGGACAUAUUUAUCCACACCCUUCGUAGGAAGUGUGCUAGCCCUCCUAAGUGUUGCUCAAAUUACUUUGCAAGACAAUUGGACCAUUCUGACCUUGCUUGUACUCUGGAGAGUCAAAUUUUCUGUCCUAGAAUAUGUACCCUCCUCGUAUCGGUGCCAUACUUGUUGGAAAUUUGGCCAUGGGGCUUCAACUUGAAUGGGUGCACUGUUCUUUUGGCAAAUUUGGGGUGAAUCCAACCAUGUUAAGGCUACUUAUACAACCCUACUAGUUCACUGCACAAAUCACAAUGUUGAUCAUGUGCUUUGUAGCUCCUGUGUUCAUUAUAAAAUGAACCUUUUGCAAUGCGAGGCAUCAGUAAUAGAACCUGGGUUUCUUCAUGAGUGUCACAUAUGCUUGUGCUAAUCGUCAUGAACUUUCAUCACAUUUUCAUUCUAGUCCCCUUUUCCAGAACUAUUUCCAUGGCCUUGCCAUUGUGAGCUCAACUGAUGUGCAUUAUUCUCCUGCCUCUUCAGUCUGCUGCUGGCAGAAAUCUUCACCGACCCAUUCCCACAUCCAUGUCCCUUCCUCCAUGACCAUCCUCCGUGCAUGGUCCCGUCCCCUGCCUUUGAGUGUCCUCUGAUAUCUUAUUGCCAAUGCAGGCCUAGACUCAAUACCCCCACUUUAGUUCUUUCCUCUUCCUGCCCCUCAUGGUCACAGUUCUUAAUGACCUUGGCAGACACUGACACGACACAAUAGAGGCCGUUCGUUCCUGUCCCAUCUGCAACUAUUGGGGGGGGGGGGUGAGAGAGAGAGAGAAUGAAUGAAUGAAUGAAUGAAUGGUUUGCAAAGUACACAAUUUGUUAUUUGUAAUAGCUUUCAAAUGUGAUCUCUCUGUGGCCUUUCCCCUGCCACUGAAACUGUGGGAAAUGUUUGGCUAGAUUUUGUAUUGGCCACAAGACUAACUUAUGAACACUUGUUAGAAAGAAAUCUGCACCUGUUGAAACUGUGUCGUUCCACUGAAAGUUGCUUUCAUCCUCGUAUAAAGUCCUGAUUUUCAAGAUGGUCAAAAUACUUUUCUUUACAAAUGUUUCAUGUGCUGCUCUAUAAAAUCUUCUGUAAGCCUAACUCCUUUGAUAUCACUCAUCUUGUCAUCAUGCUCUCGUAUUAGCAUUCUGAAUGAUUCCUAGGAACAUUUUGAAUGUUCUGUGACAGAGGGUUCUAUACUGAUAUUGUCUUUCAAGCUUGAUGUAUUGUUUUGAUAACUACUUAUUUGUAAAAAUCUUCCAUACUGUUGCUGCAUAAACUGCUUAUAAUCGUCCUCGACUAGCACCUUGUUCUUUGAUUUCUUUAUGGGAUAUCCAGAAUAUAUGUUGUCCUCUAAUAGCCACAUCAAGAAAUACUAAGCCACAUUGUAGUCACAAUACAGCUGAUGACGACAAAGGAUAGCUCUGAUCAGUAAGUAUAUCUGUUUUAAAGUUUAAUAUUCUUAGUUUAUGUAUGUUAUCACAGUAACUACAUGGCAUUAGGCCUGUUAGAAUAUAUAGGGAGAGGGGCGUCAGCUGAUAAAAUUUCAGCAUCUUGACCUAAUUCCUCUGUAUAGGCGUCAAAUUCACCAAAAUCCACCACAGCACCAAUUAUUGUAUCCCAAAUAAGAACAUAAAAGCAUCAUACAGGGAUUUUAUGUGGAGCAACACUUUGACCCUUGGUGAGUACCUUUUUUCAAUGUAUUAUUAAUGGUGUGAUUGUGACUAGUGAGAUUCAGUACCCUUAUAAUUAUUGAUUAUGCUUUCUGAACUUCAGUCAGCAUAGUUGCACCACAACAACUAUUCAUCACAAGAUGCUCUUACAUUUUCCGCUGUUCAUCUUGCGGCUUAUGUUGAUUAUUUUUUAAUAAAAUUUUGGAUACUAGAUCUAUCUAGAGACCUGGCUCAAAUAAAUUUGCAUAUCACAAAAUCCAAGAUGGCAGGCACUUUGCCUGUGAAUUUUCCCCACAUUGCUCUAACCAGUAACAUUUGUAAGAUCUUUUAACAGUGUGAAAGAAACUCUGCCCAUGUUUCUGCCUCAGCCGGGGAUCGAACCCGGGCCCUUAGAACUACGACCCCAGAUUGCUGUCCCACUCGGCCACAAGGGCCCCAUUUUGCUCUGGAACUAUAUCUUGGAAUUUGUUACUAACUAGUAUUAUGUACAGUACCACAGAAGGUACUAAAUAAUUUUCCAGGUUAGGUACCAGUACUUUCAAAAUUAAAAUACAGAAUUACCAUAAGUAUUACAACCUUCCAUAUAUUAUGGAAUGAUAAGAUUCAGGCUAAAAGCCAAAUGCUGAAAUGAAUUUUGAAGGGUUGUGGUAGUCAUGUUAAGUGACAGAAGCAACACUACAGUACACAUAUUUACUGUAAACUGGAAUAAAAUAGGAAGAGAAUAAAUAUAGAAUGGAACAGACAGCAGGGCAUUUUUAAGGAUCCAAGGCAGACACUUAACAAGGCUCUGUAGCUAUCAGUUGAAAUUAAUGAAUUUUUAAUUGUCAGCAAUGUUAAAGGAAUGGCAAUGAUACAAGCAUGUUAGUAAUAAAUAUUUUUAAUUUGUUAUACGUGUAUCAUAACUGCAAGUCACAAUAAAUUAAUGUAUUAGCCAUUAACAGGCCAAAUAAAGUUAAAGGUCAAUACUGUACUAGUUUUGUCUACUUUACACAUGCUCUUAAAUGAGCCGAGUUUACUUAUGCUGCAUAUUUGUUUAUGCUGUCAGAAAUCUCUUAAUUUUCAUUCACAACACAAGAGCAUGGCUGGAUGAGACUCCAGUCAUCACUGUACAUGUCCCUGAAGUCAUUAAGGUGUUUCACUUUCUGCCGCAUGCAUGCCCAAUGCCACACAUUACAGGAAACUUUAGCUUGUGUUAAGCAUUUGAAGUUUUGUUCUAAUGCUGCUGAUGUACAAUGUAUUCUAUUAUUAUAGAACUUGUAAUUCUAAUAAUAUACCAAUUAUAAACAACCUACAUUUAGAAUUAAAAUUUACACGUUAAACUGACUUUGCACAUCACAGGUCAUACAAUACAGUACUGUACUGGCAAAUGUGAAACACACAACAUUAAAGUACUGAUAACUUGGAUAUAAAUUGUUUAAUAUACAAAAUAUAAUUUUAUCUCUUCUUAUAAGCCACAUUUCCUGACUCUGCUUUUAGUUACAUAAUUAAAAACAGGAAUGUCUUGUGAAAUUAUCUAAGUACUGUACCAUAGUUUCAAAUUUAAUAAAGGUAAUGAGCAAAACAUUAUUGGAACCAUCCAAUGUUUCCAGCAACUAAAUACAAAUAGGUGAACCCAUUCCAGUCAUAAAAAAAAGUUAAAGUGACAUUUCAGUCUGUCCUGUACCCCUAUCAUAAGGUGUCUGGGACAGACCAAGAUGUCAUCUCUUUUCUUUUUGUAUGUGUGUGUGGGAUGGGUAUUAACCCUUAAACUGCUCCUGUCAUUCUCAAAUGAUAAACCGACAAUGAUCCUGUCACUUGUGAAAGAUUCACAUGUGCCACUUAAUAUUCAAAGUCCUUAAAUAUUCUAUGUAGUUUCUUUUGACACACUGACUGUAGUUUACCAUAUUGGGAAAAAAUAAAAGCCUUGGUUACUUUCCUGGACAUUAAAAAAAAUUGCACUA